AGUAGUUCGUGAGUAUUCUUACAGAGUGAACGGCUGCUUCCUAGAUUCUACAUAUGCAGGUGGAAGAAGUUAAAAUCAUAUCUGCCAGAUUCUAGAUUAUCCUCGAGAAGAUUUAUUAUUUAAUAUGGAAGAUAUAAAUAAUUACGCCUACUACCGACUUUUUGGCUACAUCACUGCGGUUUCUUCACAUCUAGGCAAUGGAAUUUUGAUAUUUUUUACAUUGCAAAACACUACCGUGAAGGAUCCUGAGCUAGAAACAUUAUAUUCCAUACUGUGGGCGUACCUCACCAUUUGGAAUGUGGUUUUUCAAAUAAUAUACUCGUGUCUAGGAAUCUUAUGCGAUUUGCCAACAUCACUCGAGGCUAAGGAAACGACUCUCGCAAAAAACCUAAAAUCUUAUCGUGAAUGGAUGUUCACUAGUAUUAUUUUACCACUCUGUUUUAUGGUAUUUAUCAUAUUUUGGAUAUUUUAUAUAUAUGACAGAGAAUUGAUAUUUCCGGCAUCUAUUGACAAAGUUCUAAGGAAAGAAUCCAACCAUUUAUUGCAUACUGCUAUUCUCCCAAUAGUUCUCUGGGAAUUUGUUUUCCUACCCAAAACUGAACCUAUAUCGCAUAAGUGGAAUUUAGCUGGCGCUUACGGAUGCUAUAUGACUUAUUUAUAUGUAUUAUUAUCAACAUUCGCUCGCCGUGGUAUAUGGCCUUAUCCCAUUUUAAAAAUUUGUUAUGGAUCCAUAUACUUCCCAAUGAUAAUCAUAGUUACUGCCAUAAUGUUGUAUUUCAUUUACUACGGUCAAUGGUACAUUAACGCAUUACUGCGGGGGACUAAUGUUACGUCAAAAGAGAAAGUCUGUUGAGGGUAUUAGGUGUGACUUAAAUAUAACUAUUAAAAAAAUCUGUUGAUUUUAUUUCCCAAAUUAAUCUGACCAUCACUCCAGCGCAAAUUAGAUUCUUCUAUCUUCGUUAAAAAAUAGUUUAAAAGUUAUUGUAAAUAUUUGUACGCCCGGACAAAUAAGCAACUAUUAACUGUAAAUAGAUUCCAAAUUCCAUAUAUGUUAUAAUAGUGAAGGUUUUUUUUAUAGGACAGGGUGACAAACGAUCACACAGUCCACCUGAUGGUAAGUGGUUGCUGUGGCCCAUAGACAUCUACAGUUAUCCUUGUUUACGAAACAAAAUGCAGAUGCGUUGUCACCCGUGAGGACUAAGAUGGAAUACCUCUCUUCCAGUAAAAAGGUUCUCCGGUUCUAUACACUCACCUGAAACACAACAGUUUUAAACUGCUAUUUUACGCUGAUAUUCUGUGAGAGCGUGGUCCUUCCCCGGUCGAGCCGCCCAUUCGUGCUACAACUAUACUAAUUUAGCUGCUGCAUUUUAGUUUUUACUAAUUCAGCUUCCCCGUAUACAAAAAUUACCGGCUUUUUGAUCUCACGACCCUGAAAAACCGUAGGGCGUUAAUGGAAUGGUGCUUGUUAUUUUAUUUACUGCAUGGACGGUCUAACUGUUCGUUUUAUUUUUCCUCUAUGGCAACCCCGGUAACAAGUAAAUAAAUAAUUUGCUCCCAAUUAAUUUCGUAAAAAUAAAUAUUGUAAUUGAUAGCUUCCACCUCAAAUUUAAGUUAUAGUUGUUAACUACGAACAAAUUGUAUUGUACGUUUGUAAAAUUGUAAAUAUUUGUAUAUGUGUAUAUGCAAUAAAACAUAUUUUUUA